AUGGCUGCAGGAACUGACAAGCCUGUUCUACCCUCCAAGGCUGGGGCCAACUCUGCUUCUGGGACCAACGCAUCCAUCCGGCUAGAGAAGGGCAAACCCGGUGUCAGACGCUCUACCCCCGAUUCCGAAGCCCUCACAUCUUCCGAUGACGAAUUUGAACAUCUUCACCACGUAACCACGGCUCAUACUGCGCCCAUAACGAAGCCAGCUCGUCGCACAUCUUGGCUCAACGAGGUUCCACAAAAUCUGCCGCGAAAGGCUUCGUUGACAACUGCAGGGUCUCUUGCAUCUCCCGGCUUGAUCCCUACUUCAGCAGCUGCGGAUCAGCCAGGUUGGGCCACCGCCACGAGCCCUAGUUUGAACAGCUCCAUGUCCUGGGGCCAUGGAGGCAGCUUCCCCUGGGCUACUGGCAUCUGGACCUCUGAGACAAGAAAAGAACCACCAACGAGAUUGACCGAAUUGAGCCAGUCGCCGACAAUGCCCAGUAUGGCAGUUACAAGUUCCGGCGCCGACGAAAUACUCAGCCCUACCGCACGGUCUAUGACUGGUGAAUCUUCCAUUCCAUUUACUAUUCCUCUUCAUCCCACUCCCAAAACCUACCGAUCACAGUCCUACUCCGUCGGCCAACUUGAUCCGGAGACUAUGAAUUUAAUGUCGACCGUGACAACCAACCAACUCGGUGGACUGCGUGGACGGCCUGGAAACCAGGUUGGGGGACUUCAGCAUCGAACCUCCCGGCCCAGUAUGCUGGAGGAUCUCGGUCAUGACCCUGCACUUCUAGGGCGUGUGCAAGAAGACGACGUUGAUGAUGCAGAGAAUGACGCCCAAUCGUAUACUUCUAAUCAAGCACGAACGAUUGAGCAGUUGACAAGAGAGAAUGCUCUUUUGCGACAAGCCGCCCGUUUCGAUGGAGCUCGGCUGAGAGACCGUGCUGUUUCAUCCGCUUCCGUUAAUAGUAACUACUCUCUCCAGAAUGGUCUGCACAGUCUGCAUCGUAUCCAAGGUAGUGUACCAGAAGAGUCUGAUCUUGCCGUGGAGGAUUUGGAUGAGCUCGGUGACAUUCCUGGGUACGGUGGCCUUCGGAACAGCGGUCGUCGAAGAUUAUCUGAACAUUCUGCCAACAUUGAAAGACAGCUUGCUGGCUUUGGCUCGCUCGAAAAUAGGCCUCUAGAAAAUCUCAAGCGAGCUCACUGGCAAACUUCUCUUGGCUUUGGUAGUAUUGGAGAGUUAUCGCAAAGCAGACGUCAUUCAUUUGCCGAUAUCCCCACCAGACAUGGUUCAGUUGGGUCAAUCGGUGAAAACCCAUCGCAAUUGGGGUCACGGUCAGGUCUCCACGAUCACGAAGAUGAAUUUGCUAGUGCUCUUGAAGGAGCACUCUCAACGCCGACAGCUGAAAAUCCUUCAUAUUAUUCGUCUCGUGAUCCCCUUCGGGGUGAACUACCUGCCUCCCUACAUCAAACCUACAAUGUAUCUUCAGCGUAUGGUCGACAACAUUCAGGACUAGCGCAACCUCACCAGAACCAGCGGUUAUACAUCGUGACAUUCAAAUGCCACCGUGCAGAUGUUUUCUAUAUACAGGAAGACACUGGACUUCAGGUCAACCCGGGUAAUUUGGUGAUUGUUGAAGCAGACCGUGGUACAGAUCUCGGAACUAUUCAGCAUGCCAAUGUCACCUGGCAAGAAGCGAGGGAAUUGAAAGAAAAAUUUGCAGAAGAGCACUACAAGUGCUUAAUGAUGUUCUCCCGUCAAAACCAGAGUGGAGCAUCCCAUGUGGUCAAUUCAGGUUUGGGAGGGCGAAGUGCUGUUGGCGGAAUGAGUCCGACUAGUACCCAUGGAUCCCAUGAGCCUCAAUCGACAGAAAUCAAACCCAAAUUGAUCAAGCGACUUGCCCAGAACCAUGAAAUUUUGACUCUCCGUGAUAAAGAAGGAAACGAAGCGAAGGCCAAGCGCGUCUGCCAACAAAAAGUCGUUGAGCAUAGACUUAACAUGGAGAUCCUUGACGCUGAAUUCCAAAUGGACUGGAAGAAGUUGACUUUCUACUAUUUCGCCGACUCCUAUAUCAACUUCAAUUCCUUGGUUACGGACCUUUUCAAAAUCUACAAAACUCGGAUUUGGAUGUCUGCGAUCAACCCGGCUUCCUUUGUCACACCAACUGCCGGGCUUCAACCUCCAGGAGUUGGACCCAUAGGCUACGCUCAGGAACCCUCAGCUGAUCGUCGACAUCUCCAUGAAAGUCGAAACUUCAAUAUCUCGCAUGUAUCCCAAGCACAACCCAAUCUCCGUGAUACUCUGGAGCGAGGUGAAUUUAACGGUGGUAAUACAAUUCUCCGCAAUGCUUACGCAGACCCAUACCAAGGGUUGGGCUCAGGUGCUCGGCAACACGAUACGGCUUUUGGUCACGGUAGUCCGACUCAUGAUCCCUUCUCGCCGAUACCAUCGAAUGGGUACGGUUUCCUAGAUCCAGCGGGUUCAGACUACAUCAGGACAGCCGCCAACGGCCAACGGACUGAACACCCUCAAGCAGACUGGGUCAGGGGUUUCCAAGGUUUGUCACUCAACUCGUGA